AGGCUAUAUUAGUUCCACUUCUGUCGUCCUGUCGCUUUAUUGUCAACUUCAGCAGAACAACGGGCGACUCUUAGGGACUCUUCUUGCCAAAAAAAACUGUUAUAAAACAGCCUGUUUGUUUUCAACAAUUGGAUUGCAUGAUUAUAAGGCCGCUGCGUGGAAGGAGGCUGAAUAAAUCCUUUCCUCCCGUCAGUCUUCAGAUCUCGGACGGUCGGUGUUAGCCGGCUUUUGUGCCGCUUUUGUUCGCGGUGAUGUAAUGACAAGAGCCGAAACAAAACUGCCUAUUUGCGAUGAUUGACGGCUCUCCGUUUUCCAAUUCACGUUCAAGCCGAGCCGGUCGAAGCGCGGUUCAUAAACACGCACCGGAUACCCCUUUAAGAACGACGCUCAGUAAAACGAGGUCCGGCGGCCUGCUGCAUUAAACGCGCUGAGAGAUGCUAGCGAAGCGAAUCGCUCUCACAACAGAAAUAAAUGCGUAUUUAGCACACUUCCGCGGGCCUGAACGUUUCGUUGGCGAGAAAUAAGCGUGCGAUGCUGUGAGAAAGUGCGAGGCGAAGCGUUGGGCUGCUGUGAAUGCGUUUGAGAUGUAACUUUUGACAUGAUUUAGCAUUCCAGUCAAACUGUUAAAUCAGACGCCGACUUAAAAACAAACAAGGCGGCCGAUCCAAAUGCCUGCGGAGAACGUUCAGAUGCGUUCCAACGUUCGAUUUAAAAAUUUUAAAAUAGGGUUAGAUGGUCGUUUGAGAGAAAUAUUCUCACUUUAGCAAGUUCUUGCUCUGGUAACACACACACACACACACACACUCACUGUGUUCAUUGGUGGAGAAGCGCUGCCUGUGGCUCGAGCUGCACUGCUGACCGCCCGUAACCCCGCCCCUUUAUGCAAAUACGAGAGACACACAGUCUUGGCUGAGGGAGCAGACGCGCUCUGAUUGGUCAGCGACAAACCCAUUUAUAUUCGCUGACAGUCGCUCUAUGAAUGGUUGUCUAUUAACUUGUUCAAAAAGUAUCAGGAGUUGACAAGGGCUCUGGCGAGGAGGGAAACCGAGUUUGUGUUGAUUCUUCAAGACUAAGAAAAGAAGUUUGUGGGCACAACAGGACCUAAGAGCGCUUACCUCCUCAGCAAAGUUACCAGAACUGCUAAGGUAACUUCGCCAGCCUCCACUUUGGACUGUUUUUCUAUUUACUUCUGGUGGGGAAGACUUUCACGAAAUCGCUUUAAAUGUACAACAUGAUGGAAACCGAGCUGAAGCCCCCGGCGCCUCAGCCGAACACGGGGGGCACGGGGAACACCAACUCUUCGGGAAACAACCAGAAAAACAGCCCGGACCGGGUCAAGAGACCCAUGAACGCCUUCAUGGUGUGGUCGCGGGGCCAGAGGAGGAAAAUGGCACAGGAGAACCCCAAAAUGCACAAUUCGGAAAUAAGCAAGCGACUCGGGGCCGAGUGGAAACUUCUGUCCGAGAGCGAGAAGCGGCCGUUCAUCGACGAAGCCAAGCGCCUUCGGGCUCUCCACAUGAAGGAACACCCGGAUUACAAAUACAGACCCCGGAGGAAAACCAAGACCCUCAUGAAGAAGGACAAGUACACCCUGCCGGGAGGGCUCCUGGCGCCGGGCGGCAACGCCAUGGGCGCCGGUGUGGGCGUAGGGGCCGGUUUGGGCGCCGGGGUCAACCAGAGGAUGGACAGCUAUGCCCACAUGAACGGCUGGACCAACGGGGGCUACGGCAUGAUGCAGGAGCAGCUGGGUUACCCGCAGCACCCGGGGCUGAACGCGCACAACACGGCGCAGAUGCAGCCCAUGCACCGCUACGACAUGAGCGCGCUCCAGUACAACUCCAUGACCAACUCGCAGACCUACAUGAACGGAUCGCCCACCUACAGCAUGUCCUAUUCGCAGCAAAGCACGCCGGGAAUGACGCUGGGCUCCAUGGGCUCGGUGGUCAAGUCCGAGUCCAGCUCGAGUCCGCCGGUGGUCACGUCGUCCUCUCACUCCCGCGCCGGACAGUGUCAAACGGGGGACCUGCGGGACAUGAUCAGUAUGUACCUGCCCGGCGCGGAGGUCCAGGACCAGAGCGCGCAGAGCAGACUGCACAUGUCCCAACACUACCAGAGCGCGCCGGUGCCCGGCACGACGAUUAACGGCACGAUUCCCUUAUCGCACAUGUAGAUGAACUUUUCUACACCGCUGGACUCCAUCGGACUAUUUUUGUACAGAACACUUUGGGGAGGGAAAAGUUGUAUAGAGCUCAAGGAAAGAACACAAACUUUUGCUUUCUAUUUAAAAAUGGAACGGUAGGAACUCCACACAGUUUUUCGUUCUGUUGUUCUUUUUUUUUCUGGUCUGUUCUGUUUUUUUGUUUCGUUUUUUUCUUUUCUUUUAUUCCAGAAGGUGUAUGAGAUUUGGAAAGCUGAAAACGGGGAGGGUGGUGGGGGCGACUCAAAUGUUUUAUUAUUGCAAUCGACUUUUUUGUACAGUAUUUAUCAAAGGGCGUAAUAACAACCAGAUGUGAUGUUUGCAAAACAGCGGGAAGUUGCAUUUUUAUGAAAAAAAAAAAAAAACAAAAAAAAAAGAGGCAAAAACGAUGGCGCGGCCGAUGUUCGCUUCGGCUUGUGCUCCAAAACUCUUCUGAGAACGGGCGGGUCAAAAAUAGCUUCUCGACGAAGGUGCAUAGUAAUAAACCGUUAUCAUUAUUAUUAUUAUUAUUAUCAUCAUAAUUAUGAUUAAGUUCCGACCGCGAGAACAAACAAGAGGCACUCUCGCGGGUUAGAUCACUUGAUUCGAUCCUUUUCGGUCUCCCACUCCUCAUCUGUUAGGUACAUGAAGUUUGUGUUCUUUAUUUUCUCACGGUUUGUAAAAUUUCUGUACAUUUUCUGUGAUAUUUUAAGUUUUUAUUUUAAAAACUUUCAUUUUUCGUAGUUGUAAAACGUGGCCUGUACGCGGCUGCCAACGCUCCAUGUAUAUAUUUUAACUAAUAACAUCAUUAUAACAGUUACGAUCUGAGUUUUUUUUUUCAAUAUGCAGUUUGAAAUGAAUAAAUUUUUGAAAUUUGGAUAUUUGAAA